UUUAAAAAAAUAUGAAUAUUUAAUAUGGAAAUUUGGUCUAAUUGAAUUAAAAGAAAACAAAAAAGAAUAUUUUCCUUUACAAUUGUGGAAUAAAUUUAAUUACAAAAUUGGAAUGUUUUUAUUUAAUAAUUUAAAUAAUGUGAAGACUUUGAAGGAAAGAAAUUGGCAAACAAUUAUAUACAAACAAAUUCCUUUGUUUCUAUAUAUUAAUGAACCUGAACAAGAAUUUGCUAUUAGACUAAUUAAAAAAGAUUAUUUUCGCCCUUCUCGUCAGCUAGUUAAAAUACCGAACAAUCCUAAAACAAUGGAGGAAGUUCAUUUUAUUUAUUUCUGGCUUCAGCGUCUAUUCACUUCCACCUUUGAAUAUUCAGAAUUUAAUUCUGUUUUCAAUCCUGAAUUUAUUAAUUUAAUUUUUGAAGAAAAUAGCCAAUAUUUAAAUAUAAAAAGUGGAGUUUUGCAAGGGUUUGAGGCUAAAAAUCAAAUCAACGCAAUUAAUUUUGUAAAGGAAUAUUUAAAGAAGGACGAUAUAGAAAAUUAUAAUAGACCUAGAGAUAAUAAUUGGUUUAUUAGAUUUUCUUGA